AUGGUCCGACACCUCAAGCAUCACGAGAAGAAACUUCUCAAGAAGACCGACCUUUACACCUACAAGUCAGACCAGGGCCAUCGUGCCGGUGAAAUUCAGCGCCGAUACGGAAUCACGGAUGUCGAAUAUAAUACGUACAAUGGACUCUGCGGAUCGAUGCGCAAAUUAGCACACAAACUCUCACAGAUGGACCCCGAGGAUCCCACGCGGAGGAAGCUGGAGUCGGCUAUGCUAGAGAAGCUGCACAGCAUGGGUAUCAUUGAGAAGUCGCGGGAGCAGGGCGGAGCGUUGUCCCAGGUGGAGCAUCUCACAGUUUCGGCUAUCUGCCGGAGGCGCCUACCGAUCGUGAUGGUGAGAGAGCAGAAGAUGAUUCAAUAUGUGGAUAAAGCAAUUGAGGCCGUUGCGCAAGGCCAUGUCCGCGUUGGAACGCAAGUUGUCCAGGAUCCCGCCACUUUGGUCACACGGAACAUGGUGGACUUUGUCCAAUGGGUUCCCAACAGCAAUUUCAAGCUGGCUGGCCAGAAUUACCAUGGCAAGAGGGAUGAUUUCGACAGCUUGCAGUUGUAA